AUCGAGAUAUCUGUUCAUAUCUAAAUACAUGGCUCUGCUUUGGUCUAUUCCAUUGAUAUUGUCAAACUGAACAUUACAUUGAACAUGUGAGUCAUUUAUCAGACGCUCUUAUCCAGAGAGACUUACAGUAGUGACUGGAUACAUUUUCAUACGUUGCAUUGGCAGGACAAUUCCAUUAGUAGUUGGGAGGAGAGCAGAAACAGCCUAACACCUCCACUGAUACUGUGUAACCUGUCUGCAGUCAACCAGCCAUCCAGACUGAAGUGAAGGCCUUGUUACAGAAUGAAAACACCUUCUCUUUCGUCGGCAUGGCAACCUGUAAACAUGUCAGUGGCGUCACAAUGUUGCACAACAGCAGCAGAACAUUGGAUGGAGGGUCAUUGUAUCAUUACACAGUGUCACUGUCUAUUCUACUGUAUUGGUACAUGUGGUAUUACAAUACAUUAGAAGAUCUGUAGACGGAAGCAUUGAAACAAUUUACCAGACAUUGUCAACUAGCAACCUGCUCUGUUUCAGUGCUGUUUAAAUAUCCCACUUAUUUUAUUCUGUUGUUAGAGGCCAUCAGUAGAGACAGUCAGGAAAAUAGUCUUUGGAGCAAGUUUUUUUUCUGUCAAACAUGGGAAGUGUGUCUAUAUAGCACCAUACGUUCUUCAGAAGCUGGACAGCAUAUGAAUAGAAUCCAUCUUCUCUCACCUCAAGACCAACAUCACACAAGAUGCUUCAGAACAACAACAACAACAAGCUGAUCUCCAGGCUCAAAGCGUCAGUCCACCAGCUGAACUCUCAGUCAGACUGGUGAAUGGGACCACUUCCUGUUCUGGGACAGUGGAAGUCUUCUACAGAGGAGAGUGGUUGGGUCUAUGUACUAGUGGGUUGUGGAGCAUAAUGGGAGAGACGUGGUUGUGGGACAUGAGAGAGACCAAGGUUGUGUGUAGAGAGCUGAAUUGUGGGAAUCCUGUAUCUGUAUCUAGAGGACCUCUGAUUGAAGAUGGAAGAAGAGGAGUCACACUAUAUAGGUGUAGUGGAGAUGAGUCUUCUAUUGGACAGUGUGACAUCACAGGAGGACCUGGUUUCUGUGAUGGUGGAUAUUAUCAUCAUGUGACCUGUUCAGAGUCUGUGCGGCUUGUGGAUGGAGCUGGUCUCUGCUCUGGGAGAGUGGAGGUGAAGUCCAAUCAGUCCUGGGCCUCAGUGUGUGAAGCUGACUUUGACCGGCAGGAUGCAGAGGUAGUCUGUGGGGAGCUUGGCUGUGGGGCUCCUGCAGCUCUACAGGGGGGGCUCUAUGGAGAAGGUGAGGGUCUGACCUGGGAUAAAGAGUUCCAGUGUAAAGGCAAAGAGUCCCUUCUCCUGGACUGUGACACCUCAGACAGAGAGAACAACACCUACCUACCUGGUAAUGCUGUUGGACUCACCUGCUCAGAGCCUGAUGAUGUGAGGCUGGUGGGAGGAGGCAGUCGCUGUGCUGGUGGAGUGGAGUGGUACGACCAGGGAGAGUGGAGGACUGUGGGAGCUGACUGGGAGCAGGAGGAUGUAGCUGCAGUAGUGUGUAGACAGCUGGGUUGUGGUUCCACUGUUUCAGUACUUCCUGGAAACACCACUAGAGGGUUUAGAGUUAUCUGUUCUGGGUCUGAGCCUUCACUGAGGGAGUGUAGAAGAAUGUAUUAUCUCCCUCCUGAACUCACAGUGAUCUGCUCAGAUCUCCUGGUCCAGCCUGAUAUCUUCCUGACUGACCCAAUGGGAGGGGUCUUCAGGGGCCACCAGGGGCCUGAGAUGUUCAGGGGCUACAACUUCACCAUCACCUGCUCCACUCAGCCACAGUACCCAGGAGGCUCCUUCCUCCUCACGUUCACCGGCUCCAACAGAACCCAGAUCCAGCCAGCUGUCAAUCACUCUGCUGCCUUCCUCUUCCCUGCUGCAGAUGACUCCCACCAAGGGAACUACAGCUGUGUUUAUGACAAUUAUGUUUUCUCUCAUAACUUCUCCUCUGAGAGUGAGCUCCUCCCCCUCGCCAUCACAGCCUCUCCUCUGCCAGCCUUCAUCAUCAGACACGUUGUAGUGCUGCUGAUCCUACUGACAACCAUCACCACCUCCUACCUGUACUACAAGGUAAAGACAUUUACUCAGACGUUACAAGUCAUUUAAACUAGAGGGAGAGGG